AGGCUGCUGCAGAUCAAAUGUCCUCCUCUGAUGCACCAGAAGAUGGCCCAAAGGAAACAUCAAAUGUAUCGCAGAAUAUCUGCUUCUGGACCACUUGAGACCUCUGCUAACUUGUGCAGCAGCUUGCCAAAGAAAGAGAGUUGGUUGGAAACAAAACUCUGCUUUCCUGCUUGAUCCUUUUUUCCUUUUUUCUUAAGAUACAUUACAAAUUAAAGAUGACGUAAUUCAAAGUUACUGGUUUUUUCUAUUGAUGUAAAACUGAAGCUUCUCUAUCUCAGUUGAUGAGGCUUUCUGGCAUUUAACAAGCAACUGUGAUGGAGCUGACAGAUCUUCCAGUUUUCCAUGGCAAGUUUAACAUAGAUAGGCUAAACUCAUGUUGUACUGUUUAGUCUUAAAUAGUUUGUUGUUGAAACUAGAAAAGGAGUGUUUGGUUUCCUGACCUGAAUACCUCCUAAGAUUUAAUUUUCAAUUGUAUACAUAUCCCUAAUAUGUUAACCACAGAAAAGACUAAGAUUGGUAGCCCUGUAGGUGCCCUGUAUUUGCCAGUAUGUGUAGGUGACUUUACCGGGGUACUUACACCACUGUACAUGUGUUGCUGUUGUUUAUAUGGAUUAAAUCCCCAAACAGAUGGUUUUGGUUUAGAAUUUAAAACAUGCUAUUUCAUUUUUCCCCUUUAAAUUUAGUGUAUACCUUUUCUAAGUACUCUUUGCUUCUCUGUCCGCCUCACUUGCCACACAGCUUCUCUCUUUCCCUUACUGAACUACGUGGACAACCUGUCCCAGUGUCCACAGGGUAGGAAACCUGGACUGAGACCUAUGCUUGGAGGCAGCCUCUCCAGUGGUGGCACUCUCAAUGAUGUAGCCUCAAAACUGAAUCUGAUGCAGAUGCAUUUAAAAUUCUCCUGGAGAUGAAGAUGAAGAAGAGGCAGAAAAAGCCUGCUUUACCAAGCACUGUGACUGAGCUCAGCACUGAGGAUGGUUCUAAAGUAUAUGUAGUUGGGACAGCCCACUUCAGUGACAGCAGCAAAAAGGAUGUAGUGAAGACAAUACAAGAAGUGCAGCCUGAUGUAGUUGUGGUGGAACUAUGCCAGUACAGAGUUUCCAUGUUAAAAAUGGAUGAAAAGACGUUACUAAAAGAAGCCAAAGAAAUAAAUCUGGAAAAACUUCAACAAGCUAUAAAGCAGAAUGGAGUGAUGUCUGGAUUGAUGCAAAUGCUGCUUCUGAAAGUCUCUGCACACAUCACAGAACAGCUGGGAAUGGCCCCAGGAGGAGAAUUCAGAGAGGCUUUCAAAGAGGCCAGUAAAGUACCUUUCUGUAAAUUCCAUCUUGGAGACCGACCCAUCCCUGUUACAUUUAAGAGAGCAAUUGCUGCACUUUCUUUCUGGCAAAAAGUCAAGCUUGCCUGGGGCCUUUGCUUCUUAUCUGACCCGAUCAGUAAAGAUGAUGUGGAGAAAUGCAAACAGAAGGAUCUACUAGAGCAGAUGAUGGCAGAAAUGAUUGGAGAAUUCCCUGAUCUUCAUCGAACAAUUGUCUCCGAACGAGACAUUUACUUGACCUACAUGCUGAAGCAAGCAGCAAAGCAGAUUGAACUACCUCGAGCUUCAGAAACUGAACCUAGAAAAUAUAUCCCAGCUGUUGUAGUUGGUGUUGUUGGGAUGGGUCAUGUACCUGGAAUUGAAAAGAACUGGAACUCUGACUUAAACAUCCAGGAAAUAAUGAGUGUGCCUCCUCCAUCAGCUUCAAGUAAGAUUUUCAAAUUUGUCAUAAAAGCAACAGUUUUUGGACUGAUGGGAUAUGGCUGCUACCGAAUAGGUCAAAGGACAGUUCAGUUUAUCCUCUCAAUGCCAGCAGCACAGAGCUAUCUUCAGAAGCUGACAGAAAUUAGAUCUCAACAUUGAACAUCGAGUGGAGGCACUAUGAAGAAUGUGGCUAGGUGGCUGAAAAAGGGUGGUAGAGGCAACAAAUGAGAACUGGAAUGAAAGAAGGGUGAGUGAGUGUUCUAGUCAGAGAAAUGAUUGAUGCUGAGCAACACUGAAUCACUGUAUGAUAAAAGAUUUAAUACUGAAGUUACACCAGCUAUGUUCUAAUGAAUAGGUUUGAUUCCUGGUAACUGUGUUGCAUGAAGCCAUGUGAUUCCAGAUUGAGGUAAAAGAUGUACACAAAUAUAUUAUAUAUGCAUACUGUAUAUAUAAUAUAUAUAUUACUGAUGAUGUAGUACAGACAGCUGAAAGAGUGUAUGUUCAUGACUUCUUUUUCUAGAGGAACAGAACAAUAUAAAGUAACCUAAUUGGCUGCAUCUACUCCAAAGUUCAGGGAAACAUGUCUAGAGUGAUCCUCUGUUUUCUCCAUAGGUAUAAUAAUACCUAGUGGUCAUUUCUGGUGCCAGACACUUUUACACAUAAUUUAGAAGGAUGUCUUCUCAAUGUGUGUUUUUAUACUGAAAACAUUUAGGCUUUUUUUAAACUUGAGCUUUCAAGAAAGUUUCAGAAUUGUACAGGCUGUCAUAUGUACACUGCUCAAAUUUUUUACAAGCCUUACUGAAGAACAGGAAUGUUGCCUUUAGCUUACAUCCCUUGUUACCACCACCAGUUGAACUCUCUUUCUCCUGCAUAGAGAAGGUAUAGCCACACCAUCAAACGCAAUGUGGUUUGUGUCAGAUGUUUACAGGACAGUCUGUUCCUUUAGAUUAGCUUAUUUAAACUGUAUUAUUUAGCCAAAUCCUGCUGGUUUCAGUAUUGUAAAUUUAAGAGACUAGAACUACUGUACAAUUUACUUUUGUUUCUCAAACCAUUUGUUAUUAGGACAAAAAAAGUUUGGAAUUAAUAAUGCCUGCCCAUCAUUUUUCAUACACAAAAAUAUUUAUCAAUAUAAUUUCUCAGUAAAUUAAUAUUUUAACCUCUUUAAUAGAAAAGCAGUGUUCAGUUUCAUUUUUCAGACUAGCUGUAGCAUUUCAUUUGGAUUUCCUGCUAUUUGUACACAGAAUUAUGGGUACUUCAGACUGCUCUGAUUUUUUUUUUUUCUUAAUUAUCCAGUACAGCCAUCCAUCAUCAAUCCAUUUUCUUUUUUUUUUCUUUUAUCCUAGGUUCAUAUUUGAUUGGAUUUUUUUUAUGCCCUUUAUACAGAAUUGUCAAUGAUUGUAAAGCACCCACUGCAAUCAGCUAGUCCUGGUUCAACAAUACAGAGAACUGUAAUUGGCAUGUCAGAGUUUUAACCUGAUGUAUUUCCUCCUCAGGCUGAUAUACAGUUGCUCAUAGCUUAAAGUUAAGUUUUUAUCUGUAAUUAAUUUCUUUUGGGAAUGAAAGAUAGGAACCAUUGCGUGGGGCAGGAUAUAAAAAGAGGUGAUACUGUGUUUUGUGUUGUUUUUGUUUAAUAAAAUCAGAAAACUGCUUUUAGUAGGGUGUAUUUCCAAAGCCUUGCACUGGAAAUCACCCCACAGAGUCUUUUGUUUGCUGGAA